GUCUCCAUUAUCAACUGUCACGUUCGUCAUUGUUGUUCACUUGUCGAUCGAAAAGCCGUUGAAAUUAUUUUUUGUGCAAUGAAAAAAUCAUCCAAGAGAUCUGCGUUAUCGGCCGCAAAACAGAUUGCACCGAAAAAGGCUAAUCGGAUUGUGCGGAAUGAAGCAAAAUCAAGAAAUCUCGAUUUUUUGCUUGAUCCUGCUCAGGUGAAAGACACCGUGAUCGGAUCUCCGAAGAAAACACCUGUGAACUUACCAAUCCCACAGCAGCGAUGCUCCGAACGACCCCCUGGAAAUUUAAUUCUAAAGCUGGUCGAUAUCAAGGAAAACGUCAAGAAAUCUGCAACACCAAGAGAACAUCCUGUAAAACAGUGUGCAAUCCGUAAAACAGUGUGCAAUACGCUCGGAAAACAGACAACUCUCACAUCAGUUCUUCCUCAUCAAUCUUCGAAACGACCAGUGGCAAAAUCAAGUUGCAGUCUAUCCGAUUCGGCCUGGCCGGUACAAAACAAUAGCCAUCAACAAGACAACGAGGUACUGUCUGAAAAAAAAGCUGUGCCUGCAAAACGAAGUGCAAUCCGAGCUCCAUUAAUUGAUUUGGAAACCAAUGGAUCGUUGGAGGACAUUAAAACGAACCUUAUGCGAGACUGGCUAUCGGACGCAGAAAGUGAUACUGCUGACUUGGAAGUAAAUACGCAAAUCGCGGCCGAACUGGAGAAUGACGAAUCUGGAUCUGAUUACAGAUUGCCCUGCGAAAAACAAAACCGUUCUGUGGUGUCAAAUGCCGGUUCGGAUGCAGAAGGGAAUGAGUUGGUCGUUGUUCAAGGACCCCCUGCCAUUAUAAAUACGUAUACGCGCGUCAUCUCAGCAAAUACAUUAAGUCAGCCUCGAUCUCCACUAGUCGAGUCCAAUUCUGGUGCGGGUAUAAUUUGUGUUUGCGGGCAGCAGCCGAAGAUCGACAAACUUAUUCAACAGAACAAUUUGUUGGUUUCGCAAAAUAAGAAACUAAACAAGCAAAAUCAGCAGAACACAGCCCGGUGUUUGACACUAACGGAUGCUCUGCAUGCAAAACUACUGGGAAACCCUCACGAUGUAACCUUCACAGAGGUAGAAGAGUUUCGAAAGGAAAAACUAAAAAAGUUCUCGGAAACUGCGGGAACCAGGGACUACAUCUUUGUUAAGUUACUGAUGUUGGAACUUUUCCCUGAAGGUCUAAAAAAUGUGAGUCUCACCGGUCGCACAUCGAACAAUCCCAAUGGUCGCAAAGGAGGAGAACGCUCGCACAAGGAGGAAUCUGGUGAGAAAGUUCGGCUGGAUCCAGACAAAGUGAAGUAUAUUGAAGGUAAAAUUUUGAAUUACUCAACCAGGCCGUGAAGUUUAAUUAGUUUUUCCUUUUCAGCACGUUUCGUUGAGCAUCGUUGCUAUCAAGGAGAUUUGCCAGCUAUCGCAGGAAUCAAAGUUAAGGAAUGUCGUGAGCUAAUGGGACGUGUUAUUAUUUAUUAUGGCAAAAAAUAAUGCUUUGCUUUUGCUUGUUAGCUUUGAUUUUGAAUUUCAAAGAAAUUUUCAGUUUUAAUUAUAACUGCUUACCAGUGGUAUUAUUACCUAUUGUUACCUACUCAUACGUAGUGGUUCGUUAACAUUUGUUUUUUACCGUCUUGAGACAUGUAAACAUUCCGGUCUGAUGAAAUAAACAUUCACAAUAUGAUAGAAAA